GGCAGCUUCACUACACAGCAGAACCUAACCUACAAAAAAAAAACGACUGUGGUUGAGCUUAUCGCAGGAAACACGCUUCCAAAAAUCCCCACGGAAUUGCUCCAGCUAGUGUUCAUGUAGUCAGCUGUUACACAAACACCCUGGUAUUUGUGGUAAGUGUUUAUGUUUCGUACUUUUCCGUCAAACUUUUUUUCUUCUUAAACUUUUUUUUCGGGCCCCGUGGCAGUGACUGAAGCAGGCAUGUUUACUGUACUGUGUCUCGGCAUUUGGGAACUAAUUUUCGGGAAAACGGCUUUCCUGCCUUUGGCUUUCUUUUGUGAGAACUUCCCACCGAGAAACGAAGUUCUUUACUCGUUUAAUUUAGGGAAUAUAGGAUAUAAUUUGCCUUUGCCGACCUGUGGACGUUUACUCGUUACACAGACAUUGUCUCUUUUCACGGCUUAAACCUUUGCUUGGUUAAGUUUUACCACCUUCUUCAUCAGGCAUACAAUGUAGACUAUGUGGAAAAUAGUUGCUGAUUACAUAAAAUACAGCCAAAAACAUUAAUGUUGUGAAAUAAAGUAAAGUUUAACUUUGUGAAACACUCAAAUAAGAGCAUUUUAUUUUGAAAAUGACCAAAAAAUACUUCCUUUUAAAGAUAGUUACUUGCCUUAUGUUGUUAUACAACUUCAUUAACAGAUGUCCUAUCAGUCUGUUUCAGCACACAUUAUUAGAAAUACAUCUGUGUCAAGCAUUAAAGAUUGUUAGUUGUACAUGAAAACGUGUGUAUCAGAAACUGUGAUGAGUUUUAAUGUGCAUCAGUAACCUCAAACUCAUUUCAGCCUGGAUCUCUUGCACUCCCCACCCACUUUACACUGGCCUCAGGCACUGGGACUGAUCACAUUGGUCUCUAUUCUGUUUCACUAACACCUCACUUCAAAACAAACCGCUCAUAUUAACGCAUAGGACCUCAUACGAACUGUAGGUGUGCCAAGAAACUAUUGACUUGAAUGUUUUUAUUUGAUUUGACUUUAUAAAUGCUGAGCUGUGACAGGCUGUAGUGCAUGAGACUUCAGUGUUAGCACUACUGUGUACCUUUGCAUUUAGGUUGUAAAAAAACAUAACAAUUCUCAAGAUGGAAGGUUUCUAUUGAUGAAAAGGUUGCAUCAAAAUCUAACCUAAAAGGAUAAAUGUGUUUAAUCACAAUGCUUUGUUAUCAGGAAUGUGGGCUCGCUGUCCUCCCUGGUGAAUGAUGGGAAAGUUCUACCUGUUGCAGUGCCCGCUGGCUCCACUAUGAUGACUCCAGGAGAAAUGACACAUAGAUGACAGCUGGAGACAGGGGAAUUCAAUGCUUUGGCCAAAAAGAAACCUGUUCUACUUGGAUACACUCACUCACAUUCCUUCCCAGUCACCCACUGCAAUGCUGAUGCCAGGACAACUGUGGGCCUGUCUGGCUUUGAUAUGGGUGGGAAGCUCCAGCGCCCACAGCUUGUUUACUUGCGAGCCCAUCAAAGUGUAUCGGUGCCUGGGAAUGCCUUACAAUAUGACUUUCUUUCCCAACAUGAUGGAGCACUACGACCAGGAUAUAGCAGCCAGUCAGAUGGAGGUGAGUCCUUAUGGUGUUACAGACAUUUCAUCAACUGAUACUGUUCUGAGCUAGUCUUAGUUGUGCUGUUAACACCACCACUAGUACUACCAUUACAAAUAUUAAUAAAAAUGAAAGGAAGAAGAGUGAUUGUGAUUGGGGAACUCCAGGCGUGCCCAUUAACUUAUUACAACAUGUGCUUGAAAUACAGAAAUAAUAAUGAUAAUGCAUCAGAUUUGAUAUAGCACUUUAUCAGAGACCCUCAGAGCGCUUUACAUUGGAUACAUCAUUCAUACACUCACACAGUCACACCCUGGUGGUGGUAAACUACCUUAGUAGUCACAGCUGCUCUGGGGCAGACUGACUGAAACAUGGCUGCCAGUUUGCACCUACAGGCCUCUCUUACUACCACCACACGACACUCACAUUUAUACACCAGUGGAGGACACACACUUGGAGCAAAGUGGGUUAAUUGCCCAAGGACACAACAGACAGAUUAGUGAUAGGGGGGAAUUGAACUGCCAACCUUCUGGUUAUUGGACGACCACUCUACCUCCUGAGCUACUGCCACCCAAAUACAAGUACAUCAUCUUAAAUUGACUCUACACUGCAGAUUGUCUCAUCGCACCCAUAUACCACAGUAUUACUGAGGAAAACAUUAUACAAGAGACUCCAAAUUUUCAGAUUUAAGCUCUAAAAUUGAAGAAAGUUGGUAGAACAGCAGCGUCCAGUAAGACAGGGGACUCUCAGAUGGUGAGCUCUGUACACUGCAGUCACAUGAAGGUCAUUGGUUGCCUUUAGUUCAGCAAAUUCUGCAGUAAUGUGAUUACCAAGUCUGACUCACGACAGCAGUAGCUGGACUCACAGUUUACAAACCUGCACCACCAGGUAACUAUAGAUAGCACGGAUGUUUCUCUUCUUAGCUGUUGAGUCUCGCUCUUCUUCUGUUUACUUUGGUUCAUAAAGUUGUCCUACUGUGUCUAUUAAAUGGCAUGUAUGUGUUUUUUUUUAUUUGUUCAAUCAAAUAAUCUGAACAGCUGAUCACUGCACAGCAAGCAAAGAACCACAUGUUUCCAAAAGUAGUGCUAAAACAAAGUGGCUUUUGAAGGCCAAGCAGACUCUGAAAGAUUUCUAAAUGUAGUGUAUACCCUCACACUGACAUCAGUGUUGGAGUUUGACUUAAUAAAGUUAACUAAAUCACAAGAUAAAGUUAGCCCAGUCUCCAGUGGUUAAUAGCCCAGCUUUCAUGUCAGUUCUCAGGCUGAGCAGACCAGGAUCUUUUAUGGGUAAACUAUUGUCAACUACGUCAAAAAUCCCUGCUUCAAAAGUACAAUCCAACCCUUUUUCUGUUGCGCUUAAUUGCUGAACUUAAAAAGAGCACAUUGAUUCACAUUGAUUUGGGUUUCCAUGGAGAUUUGUAAUGAUGUCCCAGACAAAAUACUGCUGUACUUUUGCUUGUCAAUCAAAACUUUUUAUCCAAGUCACUCACAGAGAUAUAAUCUCUUUAUUUAGUAUGCUUUUAGUGGUUCCAGUCUUUGAAUGUUGGUGUCUGUAGAUACGUGUUAAUAUUUGUGUUAUCUUAAACCUGUAAUGCCAGUCAUGAGUCGUUGCUCAGCUGCGAGCUCUAAACUCUCUCUAUGUAAAUGAGCACAGAUGACUUCUUAAAGGAACAGUGUGGUCUGGCAGCUUUUAGAUCCAGAGAAAUGGAGGUAAAGCUUUCUGUAGGCUGUGACUUUGACACUGGCAUACAUCACUCCAAGGAAGCAUCCUGUAGCUAGCACCGAAUGGUGGUGACUCUGAGCUCACUUAUAGUGUGUGCUUUGGACUAGUCUGUUAGUUGUUUAAACAUUUAGGAAAUUAGUUUCUUUGGAACAUCCCCAGUCAUCAGGAUUAUCCUCAAAUUGAAGGCACUACUGGAUUAGAGGCAUGUUUUUUAGUUAGUUAGUAGUCACAGUUUGAUUUUGGAUAAUAGUUUAAAGAAGCGUCCGGUAUACAGAGUUAUGAGAUCCCAAAACUACUCAACUGCUUCUUGACUUGACUGUCUUGAAAUCUUUCAUCACUGCAACAGAGCCUGUGACACUAAAACACUAGAUAAACAACUUUGUUUGCUUAUAUAAGGAUGUCAAGAGGGAAAAGGCUCUGUGUCGUGUGGAGAUAUUGGCCCUUUAUAGAAUGUAUGGAGUCAGUGUCAAUGUGAUCCAUAUUUUCAAACUCUCAAUGGGAGAGGAAUCAGUUAGCAUGUAGUUUUAAAUACAGCCUGCUUUUUCAAACUAGAUCUAAUCCACUUGUUUUUCUAACAUGUCUUGAGACCAAGUGUUGCCUUGUGUCCCUCCUCAACAUUGAACUAGAGCUCUCUGGCUGUUGCUUCUGUCCUGGCAUUCCUGAAGGCCAGGGUUUGGGUUACACACAUUUGGUGUCAGAGCAUUGAAAAUGAACAGUGAUGUGUUGAAGGAGUCCUUUGUGUGGCAUCUGGCAGAGGUAGCAGGCUUGCAGGUAUCAGCUUUUCAUUUCACAGCAAACUUUGCCACAGGCAACUUCAUCGACUUUGUUGUGCAGGGCCUUUGAUUUUCUGGAGGAGGGGAGGCGCGCGCACACACACACACACACACACACACACACACACACACUUCCACACAAAGCCUACCCAAGCAUACCACAAUGAGAGUAUUCUAUCUCUGUUAAUCACUCACUCAUGUCUACCCCCUGUACGCUGUCUUACCUCCGCGGCCUCGUCUCCCAGGUGACUGGAUUACACUUUCUGGCCUUUAUUCAGUCCUACAUUCUGUGCAUAGCUCUCUUUGAACGUGUGUUAUUGUUUGUCCCCAAGCCUGAUGCUGAAUCCAAGCGGACUAUUUCUGCAUGUGCUUAGUCAGGCCUAUCAGUGGGAUUUUCCGGAGGAAGGUUAACCUUUUCCCGCCCUUGGUCCCAGAUUCCUCCGGUUUGCCAACUUUGGAAGUGAAAAGACUAACGUUCAACAAAGUGAAGACUUACUGACGUCUUUUUCUGUUGAGGAUUUUGCCCCCAAAGCGAAAAUAAGCUUAACUUUCUCUGAUCCAAGUUGAAGGUCUCUGUUAUGAGGGCGGUUUUUACUGUAACUCUGGCGUCAGGCGCAAAAAGGUCAGAUUGUUGAGCAAUGGGAAGGGAAUUGAGAAGGAGUGGAGGACCUCCGCGGGAGAGGAACAAGGACGCUCACUGUCGACCCAGGCCCGAGAGACACAGGCCUACAGCCAGACUGGAUUUCAGAAAAAAAAGGAAGAGACCACUUUGAAUAGUGGACUUUGUCAGAGUGUGUGCUGCAGUGUGUCUCUGUGUGUUUUGUGUCCAAAUAUUAGCAGGAAAGACCGACAGAAAUCUGUUUGUUUUUGUUUGAUAACAGUUGAAGCAGUCUCAACAACUUUAACAUGUUGCACAUGGUGUUGGUGGAGUUUUAGGUGAACAAAGCAUUCUGGGUUUUAUGAAUGGAAGCAGUUAGAAGCAAUGACAAAGUUUCUCUUCUACAUGAUAAUAAUUACUGUGAAAUUCAUGGAUUCAGAAGGAUCAGUGUGGAAAUCAUCUUGACAUGUUUAUCUUCAUGAAUUUGUGUACAGUGGAAGCACUGUCUGCUGUGUCUGAAUCUAUAAAUGUUAAUGCUGUGAGUGUUAUCUGAAUCCCAGCCUAUCAGCAACUGUCUGCAUUCCAGCCUUCCUGGCCCGUCUUGGUGUGUUUUUAAAUGACCGUGCACUCAUUUCCUGCCACCUUUACUGCCGCCCACACCUCCUCAAACUCUUGCCUCUAGUGUUGAAACGGAAGGUCGGGGUUACUGGCUACUGAAUGGGUCUCUUUAUGUGGGUCUGUGGAUCUCUGCAGUUUAACAAAACAGAGUUAAUAUUUUACAUGAAGCAGUGAUUCCCAUUCAGUGUGAUUUGUUAAGUCUUAAGAAGGAGCGUAGUGUACUCGUCAACUACCAUCUUCUCUACACAUUGUCUGAUAAUUAUAUCCAAGACAAGUAAGUGAAGCUUUAUUGAUAUAGCACCUUUCACAGCCGAGUCACAAAGUUCUUCACAAAGUGGCAAUAGUGAAAACAAUAACAAUAAAUUAAUACAAAACAAAUCAAAAUAACUACAGUAACAAUCAAAAUACAAUCAGGCAACAGUUACAGCAGAUGGUCAAAAGCCAGUUUAAACAGAUGUGUCUUGAAUUGCUUUUUGAAAGCGUCAGAGGAGAUGGCAUGCACAGCGUAUUUGGACAGGAAGUCAGUUCCAGGGAGUGGGAGCCAAAAAUUCAAAGGCAUGAUCUCCUUUUGUCUUCAGUCUAGCAAGGGGAACAGCAAGUAGACACUGGCCAGAAGACCUAAGGGAUCUUCUAGGGAUGUAAGGGUACAAACGUUCAGAAAUAUAGACUGGAGUAGGGCGAUAACCCGGAAAUUUACCGAUACCGAAAAUUAUGACAAUAACCAACAUCAUUUUGCCCAUAUCGGUAUAUUUGGUGUAAAAAAAUAAAUAAAUAGAUGAAAGUUGGUUUUGGAUGUGUGUAGGUAGGCUAUGGUCUCAUGUCCCUUUAUGACGCUGUCUUACGUCAGAGACAUGACUCCACCCCAUCCAGUCCGUAACAAAGAGGGAAAGACAGGUGAGGAGAUGGAGGAUGGUUCAAAAGUUGUAGUAGCUGGAGCGGCGGCUGAAAUAGUUAAUGUGGGAGGGAGUGAGCAGCUUGUGGAGUAGUUAUUGUCCAUUUAUCGUUAUUGAGGUGAACUGCUUAAUAUAUGGUUAUAUCGAUUUGAGGCCAUAUCGCCCAGCCCUAGACUGGAGUUUAAUGAUGGAUGGCUUUAUAGGUUAACACCAGGAUCUUGAAAUUACCUUUGAAUUUGUCUGGCAACCAAUGCAAAGAAAAUGAAGAAGGGGUGAUGUGGGUUGUCCUGCUGGAUCUGGUUAACAAACCCAGCCAAAGUCAAGUCAAGUCUUAACUUUUAAGUUGUUAGCUCCUUAUAAAGUUUCUUCUGCUGAACACAUAAAAACUGUAUUUUAUAGCUGCGGGUUUUAUCUGCAGUUAUUUUUAUGAUCUAACUUGUUGCUGUUGUGAAUCCAAAAAAGUCAUAUAUUUGGGUAUGCAAUAAAUAUUCACAUCUAUCUAUUUUAUUGUUAUAGGUUUAUUAUUCUUAUUGAACUCAAAGCUUGGAUAACAAAAUCUCAGUUUCUUCUUUAAUUCAGUGUAAGCUUUUGUUCUGUUUCCAGCCGUUCAUGCCCCUGGCAAAUCUCCGCUGCUCUCCAGACGUCCACCACUUUCUUUGCACAGCCUUUCUCCCACAAUGCACCGAGGACAAUGAGGUGAUCCGUCCAUGCAGAGAGCAGUGCCAGACUGUCCUGUCUGACUGUGAGGACAACAUACGAGUCUUUGGGAUCACCUGGCCUCCUGAGCUACAGUGUGACAAGUAAGGAACCAACCAUUAUAGAUGAUGUGCUACUUUUUCUUAAAUGGUCUGAUGUAGAGUUUGAUUUCUGUUUUCCCAGACUGGACUCAUGUUUCCUCUCUCCUGGUUUGGAACUUCCCACAACCACUGCAAUGAACUCCCAGUCUGCUAAAAGAGACCUUGGCUUCUGGUGCCCAUUGCAGCUGAAGACCAAGCCGGGCUAUGGCUCAUCAUUCCUGGGUGCGCAGGACUGUGCUCCACCGUGCUCCAACAUGUACUUUAAACCCCACGACAUUGAAUUCGCAAAGAGCUUCAUUGGCGUCUGCUCCAUCAUAUGCUUGGGCGCCACACUCUUCACUUUUCUCACUUUCCUCAUCGACGUCAAGCGGUUCCGCUACCCAGAGCGCCCAAUUAUCUUUUACGCCGUCUGCUACAGCUUUGUCUCGCUCAUAUACUUCAUCGGUUUCCUGCUUGGAAACAACGCUGCCUGCACAUCACAACCCACUGGAGUGGAGACUGUGGUCCUGGGGUCUCAGAGCAAAGGCUGCACUCUGCUUUUCAUGCUGCUCUACUUCUUCUCCAUUGCUGGAAUCGUCUGGUGGGUCAUACUCACCAUCACCUGGUUCCUGGCGGCGGGGCCCAAGUGGAGCUGUGAGGCCAUCGAGAAGAAAGCGGUAGGUUGCUUUAAAGAAGAAGACUUAAUCUAUAAGAUGUCUGGGAAUGGUGGAUGCUGUUGAAAUCAUCAAUGUUCAUGUCGUUUCUCUGUAGGUGUGGUUCCACUCUGCUGCUUGGGGUAUCCCUGGGGCGUUGACCGUCAUGCUGCUGGCUCUGAACAAGGUGGAAGGGGACAACAUCAGUGGAGUCUGCUUUGUGGGGCUCUAUGACCUGGAUGCCCUGCGUUACUUUGUUCUGGCUCCUCUCUGUGUGGGUGUAGUAGUGGGCCUCUUCUUAAUCCUGGCAGGCAUAGUUUCUCUAAACCAUGUCCGGCAGGUAAUCCAGCACGACGAGCGCAACCAGGAGAAGCUGAAGAAGUUCAUGAUAAGAAUUGGCAUAUUCAGCGGCCUCUACCUGGUCCCUCUGGUCACUCUGUUAGCCUGCUAUACCUAUGAGCAGAGCCACCGCAGCACCUGGGAGAAUACUUGGAUCAAUGACCGCUGUCAGGAAUACAGCAUCCCGUGCUCGUAUAAGGUAGCUGCAGCUAUUCAUUUGUUCAAGUUGUUUCUGCUGUGAACAAGUCAAGUUCACGACAGGCUUUCAAAUUCACUGUGUUCCUUGUGGGGCUGCUGGAGAAUGGCAAAAAUCAGAAUCACAAUUAGGAAUGGGCAAUAUGGGCUAAUACAUUUAUCACGAGAAGAUUUGCCAUUCUGGCGAUGAUAAUUAAAGUCCAGACAGAAAAAGUUAUAAUUCCAAUCUAUACUUUUGACUCAUUUUGUCUUGAAAACACCAGUUGGAGUAGUCAAAUAAGAUACUUAACCACAUGUUUAAGAUAAUGAGCUGCCAAAAACGUCUUCUUCAUUACAUCGGCCAUGUUUGACGAAGUGAAAAUGAGAGUUGCGCCCAUGCUGUGUUGAUGAGGAAGAAAGAGAUGUGUCAAUCAAUGUAUAGUACUUAAAGACCCACUCCGAUGAAAAUUAUGUUUUUCUUGUUUUUUUAUAUGUUCAUAUGGCAUUUUUCUGAUGCUACAGGACAUAUCAUGAGAAAACUAAACGCAAAAUUGCUUUUCUGAGUAUUUCUUCAUUUAGGUCGCUGUGAAUCUCUGUAUUGCAAUGCACGUACGAAAGCUAAUUGUGAUAUUAGCUUCCAUCAUGUCCCUUAAGACAUUAGUGUCCGAGAGCUGAAUAGCUUCUAUGUUACCUGCCUCUUCUACUACACUGGUAAUGCUAGGCUAUAAGCUAACAUAACGAGGAGUGUGCAGAGUUGCACUGUCUCCACCCACAACUCAGAGGUGAAUUGCUAAUGAGCUACUGGAGCUCUACAAAAGCCCUUGAAAAUGAUACAGGUAACAUGAUUUUUGGUAAAAACUUCAUCAUCUCUAAUAGAAAGACUGCUGACAACACUUUAAGUUGUUAAAAGAAAAACGAUCGGAGUGGGACUUUAACAUGGGCAACACAGCAUGGGGUAGAAUCAUCGAAUUUGGAUUGAAAUAAAAUUUGGAUUGAUCGCUAAGCUCUACAUCUUAGUAAUGUUUACUUAGUUUGAAUAUUCUAGUAUUGAAACAUCAGCAGUUACCUAAAAUAACAAAAAAGUCACAUUUACAUUUAUGCAUUGUUGAAAAAAUGUUAGUUAUUGAACAAAUAAUAAUCUGGUCCAGCCAAUCCUUUAAUGACAGAAGACAGACAAAAGGAAAUGAGCGGAGUCACUUCUAAAUCUUAAAUCGCCAGAGCUUGAUUUUUCCUAAAUGUGUCUUUAUUUUCACAAAUCAAAUCAAAUCACAAAACAUCUAUCAUAUCAGUGUGUCUCUCUGUUUCAGACAACAGAGUCUGACCGCCCUGACCUCUCCCUGUUUCUGGUGAAAUACCUGAUGACGCUGGUGGUUGGAAUAUCCGCAGUGUUCUGGGUGAGCAGCAAGAAAACCUGUUCUGAGUGGGCCUACUUCUUCAACAGGACUCGCAAGAGAGAGUAAGACCAUAUGUCUUGUACGGUAUGUUCAGAUAAAGGUCAUGUUAGAAAUUUGAGCUUUCAUAAGAAAUGCCCCUGUGUCUUCUCUAACCCACAGUCCAAUCAGUGAGAGCCGCAGGGUGCUCCAGGAGUCCUGCGAGUUCUUCCUCAAGCAUAACAGUCGAGUCCAGCACAAGAAGAAGCACUACAAGUCCAGCUCCCACAAGCUCAAGGUCAUCUCAAAAUCCAUGGGAACAAGCACCGGCGCUGUACCCCCCAAUGUUUCCGCCGCCGCUGCCUCCACAACCAAUCAAGGAAUCUCGGCGCUCGGCAAUCAUGAGCCUUAUGUGCAAGGUUCUCUCUCUGAGGCUUCAGUCAGGGAGCACCUUGAGAGAGGCGCCUCCAGCAGGAGCUCCAGGAGGGGGGAGAGGGAAAGGGAGAGAGAUGUGGGUGAGAGACGUAACAAAGGGGGGAGCUCCAGUAAGAUCAGCAGCCGCUCUAGCUUACACAAAGCUCCAGAGGGGAGGUGAGUAGAGCAGGUGUGAGUUAUCUUAGCUUGAAUUCACAGGUGUUGUAUUCUCUUCAUUUUACCUCAUUUGAACAUUUCUCAGCACAGAUUCAAGACGUAAACUGAAUAUGAUACUUUACAUGUCAAUAUAACACACAUGUCUGUCUUUAAUCAGCUGUGAUAUCUCAUGUGUCCUGGCUGGUUUAGGAUGACUCCAAGGAGUGAGCUGUCAGAGGUCAGGCCGGUCCCAAGUGCACAGCAGCAUCCAGCUUUAACCCCGUCACACAGCAGCAGUAUCCAGGACACCACCACCACCACCCACCAGCUGGGCCACCAGGUCCCUGAGGGGAGCAAGGCCACACAGGACAACAACUCCUGAGACUUCAAAACCACAAACCUUACUGUGCAUCCAUCCAUCUUUAAAACCACUCAAACAAGUUACACUGAACUGUUUAAUUUUCCUGUUUCUGUCUCAUAAACUCCAUCAUCAGAUUAUAAUCAUGUUGGUCAGCCUGUAGUGAGUGAGUGAAUUUUGCUCUGACCAUAUGUGCAUACCUCAGUUGUUCUGAAUGUGGUUUGUUUUGAACAGAAUGUAUGAUUAUUCAGCGGAGGUAGAAAAAAGAAAGAGUCCUUCAGCUUUACUGAGCUUUUUAGCCUUUAUUUUUAUACUGUACUUUACUGUAUUCCUCUCAUAUAUAUCCAACAACUCUCCUUUAAUUUUGCAUGCAUUAAGUACUUUGAUUACAGUUUUUAGAUUUUAAACUAAAUGGCAUAGGAAAGAAACUAGUAAAUAUGCAUUAUUUAUGCACUUAUUGUGUUAUUACUGUUAAGUCUUCCACUGGACUAGUCGUUACACUGAGUUGCGUUAUUUAAGGUCAAGUUAUUGCCAAACGUAAAACAUUUAGACAAGUCUUUAAAUGGCAAUCUAACUUUUUAAAUGUCUCUGUUCUGUCUGGAGUGGUUGUUUCUCUCAUAAACUCAUGAAGUGAUACACAAGUCUGCUACUCUACAGCUCCUGUGUAAAAAUGAUGAAAACUACUCUCAAACUUGAUUUAGAUUAUUUUUUUUUAGAGAAGGUUGGAUCUUUGUUUCUUAUUUUCUUUCUGAAGCAGUAUUUGUACUUGUUUCAGAUGUUGCUUCUCUUUAACCAACUUCAGAGAGCCUGCAGAUGGUUCACACAUGUGGUGUGAACAUAUGUUCUUGGUGUAAAUUCCUGUGAUUUGAGUCCAAUUUAGAAAACUGAUAAAAGACUUUGCACUAUAUGUCAUUCGAAGCACAAACAUACCAUUAUCAAGUUUGGGAGGUCAUAAACCCCUAAAAGUGACACUUGAGACCUGGUUUGGGAGUCAUUUGUAACAUGUUUAUCCUUCAGACAUCUUGUUGCAUUUAUUGAACAGCUGUUUCACUGCAUUGUCUGCUCUGCUGUGUGGGGGGAACUUGAUUUCUCACUGUUUUAUUUUGGAUAACAGGACAACUCCAACGACUUUUAUCACAUAAGGGAAACCCUGUCUGUGUGUUUCAGGUUGCGGAUGAACUGUAGAUCAUACUGAGAUUUUUUAGUUGAUGGAUGUGGGUUUUAUGAUGUGCUAGACUGAGUGUUGUCUGUUAGAUAUUUUAUACGGCAUUGAACCGUUUUUUUUAUACUGUUACCUGCCUUGUCAACUCAGUUUUGUACCAAUCCAAUGUCAUUUUAAUAAAAAAAAGAGGAAAUUAAAAGAGUGA